AUGCGCUCUGUUCUUGCCACGGCUGCCGCCGCCGUCGCCGCCUCCGUAGCUCUCGCCGCGCCGGCCGACCCUUCCUUUGAGGCUCGCCUUGCGGUCCGUAGCAAAGUCGACCAGGUCAUCGCUCAGCGGUCCCUCGUCACCGACGCUGGCAAGUUCUCGCAAAAGUCUUACGACUAUGUCAUCGUCGGCGCUGGUACCGCUGGUCUCGCCCUCGCCGCCCGUUUGAGCGAGAACGGCAAGCACUCGGUCGGUGUCCUCGAGGCUGGACCCACUGGUUUCAACGACCCCAUCAUCGACAUCCCCGGUCAAUUUGGCGCCGACUUGGGCACAAAAUACGACUACAACUAUACCACGGACGCCAACUCGCAGACCGGUGUCACGCCCAAGGGCUGGCCCCGUGGCCACGUCGUUGGUGGCUCUUCAGCGCUCAACUUCCUCGUCGUCGAUGCUGCUUCAGAGGCUGAGUACAAUGCCUGGGAAGAGCUGGGCAACAAGGGCUGGAACUGGGAGUCGAUGGACAAGUAUAUGAAGAAGUCCGAGACCUUCACGACGCCUUCUCAGGAAGACCAGGGGAAGCUCAACAUCGAGGUUAACCCGGACAACUAUGGCUCUAACGGCCCCAUCCAGGUCACCUUCCCCGACUACAUCAGCAAGCAAGUCCAGAACUGGAUCCCUGCUCUCGAGUCGCUCGGUAUCCCGCGCAACAAUGAGCCACUCGGUGGCAAGAACACUGGCGCCUCGGUCCAGCCUUCCGACAUCAACCUCGCCAACCACACUCGUUCAUACUCGGCUCCUGCCUACUUCUACCCCAACUCGGCUCGCAACAACCUUGCUCUGCUGGCCAAUGCCCGCGUAGACAAGAUCAACUGGACCCCUCUCUCCAAGGUCAGGUCGUGGCUUCACAAGCUUGGGGUCAAGCAGCGCGCCACCGGCGUCAACUUCACUUCGGGCGGCAAGUCGUACACCGUCAAGGCUAAGCGUGAGGUCAUCAUCUCUGGUGGUGCCGUCAACUCGCCCCAGAUCCUCGAGCUUUCCGGUGUAGGCAACCCCUCCAUCCUCAAGCAGGCCGGCAUCCAGCCCGUUAUUCAGAACAACAACGUCGGUGAGAACCUCCAGGACCACACGUACUCGUACGCCGCCUAUGAGCUCCAGCCUGGCAACCCUACGCUCGACUCGCUCCGAUGGAACACCACCUUUGCCGCUGAGCAAAAGGCUCUCUACCAGCAAAACAAGGUCUCCAUUCUUGGCGAGACUGUUCCCUCGAUCGCCUACAUCACGCUCAGGACGCUCCUCGGCGAGUCCAAGGCCAACCAGUACGUCGAGACGGCCAAGUCGUACGUCCAGUCGCAAAGCAACAAGGCCUACGCUUCGACGCUCAACAAGCAGCUCGAAUUCCUCCAAAAGUACCCCGACACGCUCUCUCAAAUGGAGCUCAUUGGCAUCGACGGCUUCUUUGCUGGCGCGGGUGCUCCCGAGAACAACAAGAACUACGUCACCUUCCUGAGUGCCUCGCAGCACCUCCUUGCUCGCGGCUCGGUUCACAUCAAGUCCAAGUCAGCCGGCGCUGCCCCUAGCAUUCAGCCCAACUACUACAACAACGACUUUGAUCUCAACCUCGCCGUGCAGGGUCUGCAGUACCUCCGCAACAAGGUCUCAAAGACUCAGCAGUACUCGAGCUACAUCACCAAGGAGGUUGUCCCCGGCUCCAACUACACGACGGACGCUCAGCUCAAGGACUUCCUCAAGGGCAUGGGCACGACCACCGAGUACCAUCCUAUUGGCUCGGUGUCCAUGCUUCCUCAGAACAAGGGUGGUGUCGUUGACGCCAACCUGCGCGUCUACCAGACGGAGAAUGUCCGCGUCGUCGAUGCCUCGAUCAUGCCUGUGCACAUCAGCGCCCACAUCAUGAGGACAACGUACGGUAUCGCAGAGAAGGCUGCGGACCUGAUUCUCGGCGCUUAG